UCUCUCUCCCUCUCCCUCUCUCUCUCGCUCUUCCAGGUACACGCCCUUUGACUUGUCAGGGGGGGAAAAGUUUUAAGGAAAGAGAAAAAAAAAAAAAAGCCUAAAUCACGGAAGAGAUUCUGCUGUCCUACUAGUUUGGCAAGUUCCCCUGGGCUUCUAAGCAGCGUAGAAAAAAGGCGGAGAAACAGGGCUGAAACUCAAACAUUUUUUUUUUUUGCGCACAUUUGUACACAUCUCUUGUCCCGCAGACGACGAAAACGAGAGAGGAGUCAUGGAGGCCGCCAUUCAGGACCUGGUCAAGGUCUUCCUGAAGUCGAGCAAGGGGAAGGAAAAUCUUGGGAAGAAAGAAUUCCAGAGCCUCGUCAAGAGCCAGCUCUCCAACAUCCUCUCGGACACGGACAGCAAGGAGGCGGUCAACAACAUGGGCCAGGGACUGGACGCCGACCACGACGGCAAGGUCGGUUUCCAGGAGUACAUGAAGCUGGUCGGUUACCUGGCGUGCUCGCUCAGCGACCAACGUACCCUCAGCAAGGAGUCCGGCCAAAACGCUGCUUCCGGACAGGUGGCUCAAACUCCCCAGGACAAAGAGGAGGUGAAGCCAGAGGCAAACGCCGAGGCAAAGGAAGAGGCAAAGCCAGAGGCAUCUGGAGAGGUGAAGGUGGAUGUGCCUGGGAUAAAGGUCGAGGCAAAUGCAGACCCAAAGGUAGAAUUAAAGCUCGAUGCCAACGCUGAGCCAAAGGUGGAAGUAAAGCUCGACGCCAACGCGGAGCCAAAGGUAGAAGUAAAGGCGGAGGGGGUGACGGUGCCUGAGGCCGCAAAGGAGGAGGAGAAGACAGCAGCGGCAGCGGUAGAGGCGGCGGCGUCAUCGGCGAAGGAGGCUGUGAAAGAAGGGGAGGAGAAGGCGACAGAAAAGGUGGAGGAGGCGGCAGAGAAGCUGGCUGCAGCCGCGGAGGAGGUGGAGAAGAAGACGGAGGAGGCCACCUCAUAGGGGACAAUCCAUUAAUUCAACCGAAAAAAAAAA